AUGGCUUUCAGAAUUUUCUCCACUGUUAUGAUACAUGUUUAUGGUUAUUAUUGGUACUUGCAUCUUUUAUUUUGUUGUGGUCUUUGGUUUUUCAUUUACUGCUCAUCACAGAGAGAUGGUUUUAUUACAUUUAUAAAUGGUCUUUCCUAUGAAUAUCCAACGUCCCAGCAGGAUCAAUUGGAUGCUGCUUUGGCUCUAUUAUUUGAAUAUUUGUAUGUGCUGGUCAAGUUAAUGUUACAUGCAUGCUAUCAUAAAUAUAUUCGUAUUAAAGAUUCAGUUACCCUUUAUUUGAGAUCAGACGGAUCUUGCAGCUAUAGUCCAACUUCAGUUAAGAAAACUUUAGAAAAUUCAUCAAUCAGGGAAUUGUUAAUACAAGAGAUAGAAACUUAUUUCAUCUCUGACAAAAACUCAUACUUUUCCAAUGAACUGAUCAUUUAUUUAAAAGAAAUGAAUGACAAUUUCUUGAAUUUGAUUUUAGAUAAUUUCAAAUUGCAAUUACAGCUGUCCAAUUCACUUUAUUGGUAUUGUGAAAAUCCUAUGGAUCAUGACCUGAUACUUCCAUCAAAGUAUUGGGUUGAAAAUUUUGCAAGUAGUUUGUUUGGAAUAAUUAAAACAUAUUUGAAUGAUCAAAGAGCAAAUGUUGAGCUUUAUAACGUCAUUAACAGUGAUCUGACAAUAAACAAAUAUAUUGAUUGUGUUCUAGACGUUUUAUUAACAUCUUAUAUGAACCAUUAUAAUUUAGAUAGUUGGGGCUAUGAGAUACAUUUACAAGAGCAACAUUUACAAGAGCAACAUUACACCAGAUUUAAUAAUCCAUCUAUAUAUUAUCAAGAUAGUCUCAUCAACAUAGAUUACACCGAGAGAAAAACUCUGAUGAUAGAUACCAUUGUGGAUCUUUUAAACAAUUACAAACAACUGAAGCUGUCUAGUCCGUUGCAGAAACUUUAUUUUUCUGAAACAAAUUUAAGAAAAAUGUGUUUUUUAAAGUCUGUUGCUCCAUUACGUUAUGAAUUACAGCUACAUGAGCAAUGUAAAAGCUUAAAAAUUUCACUAAAAAGUGAUUUAAUAAAGUUGGAUAUUUUACCAAAUGCUGCUCGUGAUAUCAUUUAUCAGGAUUUUGGAUACAUAAGUUUUUUAGCAAACAGUUUAGAUACUGAAGUAGAAGAUGAAAUCAAGAAACAUUUAGAAUACUUCAUUGAUGAAGUAAGAUUAAAUAAAGCUAAUUCAUUUCAUGAGUUUUUAAAUAUGGCAGCAGCAAAUGACCCAACCUCCAUCACAUUAAAACCCAUCAAUAAUUAUUCCAAUGAGCGCAACUUCAACGCCGAAUGGCCUAUAUUAAUGGGUCAAAAAACACAAUGUUAA